CGCGCGGAGCGGUAACGAACUUCAUUAAUCUAUAGAUCUGAUCAGCUGUUAGUCACCCGCGUGUCGCGUUAGCUCGCGGAGCUUAGCUUUAGUCAUUAUAUAUGUAGCCAGUCAGCUAACAGCCGGUGAUGAGGGUCAGUGAGUUUGACUCUUCUGAUGAAGAGGAUGGAGGUGAUGAAGAGUCUUACACUCCUCUACAGAUCUCCUGGUUGUCCCUGCAGGUGGUCGAGUGCUCCCAGUUCCUUGGGAUUUGCCCAUUACCAGGAUGCAGGUAUAAGGAGAUCCGGAGAAACAUGGAGAAAGAUGUGGAUGAGUUGUGUGCGCAGGGUGUACAGGACGUGUUUGUGUUGUGUGAGAGGGCGGAGCUUGUGCGUUACAGAGUGCCAGGUCUGUUAGAGUGUUACACUCGGCAUGGCCUUAGCGUGCACCACCUGCCCUUCCCUGACGGCGGCGCUCCUGAGCUGCACCACUGCACACACAUCCUGGACGAGCUGCAGCAUUGCUUACACACCCAGCGCCGCACCGUUAUCCAUUGUUACGGGGGUCUGGGUCGCUCAGGACUCAUCGCUGCGUGUUUGUUGCUGCAGCUCUCCAUCUCCAUGACGCCCACUGAAGCCAUUGAGAUCCUGAGAGAGCUGAGAGGAGGCGGAGCCAUUCAGACUGUCAAACAAUACAACUUUCUGCAGGAAUUUCGGGAGAAGCUCGCCGCCUUUCAGGAGAACAGAGAGUGCAAAGCCUCUGAGAGGAGUGUCUCCAGAUAGCCCCGCCCACAGUCACACCAUCUUUAUCCCUGAGCAUUGUGCUGAAGAACCGUGUGUGUCUUUAACUAGCACCUUAUCAUUUAGAUGAAAAUGCGUUCAGCUUUAUUGUGAUUCUCUACACACACACACACACGUCUAACAGAGAGCUUUAUUAAGAUGUAGAGGUUUACACUCCGCUGUAUGUGUUGAACCAUUAAGGCUUUUAUGAUGUAUGAGGUCUGCUUUAAUUGAAUUUGGAUUUAAUUAUUGAUAAGUUGCACUGAUGUCUGAUUGGUCCAAUAAAGCACUGAUCAGAUCUGA